AUGCAUUUCAGCGCUGCUCUCAUCGCCGCUCUGGCAUCUGGCGCCCUUGCUGCUCCCGCUCCUCAGGGCAACGUUGCCGGCGGUCUCCUCAAGACUGCCACUGGCGCUGCCAGCGGAAAGGGUGGCCCUCUCGGUGCCCUCGGAGGCCUCGGCGGUGUCGCCAGGCGUCAAUACGGAUACGGCAACGACAAGAAGCCGGCCACCUACGGCGAGGCAAAGCCAGUCUACCACGAGGACAAGCCGGUCUACCACGAGGACAAGCCUGUCUAUAAGCCAACCCCGGUCUAUGAGUCCAAGCCAGUCUACGAGCCAAAGGAGACCUACCCAGCCAAGGAGGCCUACCCUGUGUACAAGCCAGAAGACAAGCCAUACCCAGUGCAGGACAAGCCAGCCUACCCAACUCUGACCCACUACUACGACCCAGCCAAGCCAACCUACGAUGCCGCGGCUGCCUACCCCAAGGGCCGUGCUGAGCCUCUCUACCCAGAGGAGGAUCUUCCAGAGGUCCCACUCCCAGACGAGGUGGAGCCACCGGUCGACGAUGAGGCCGACGAGGUUCCAGAUGUUGUCGACCCAACUGACGACGACGAGGUGAUUGUCGACGAGCCUGCCAACAACGGAACUGCCAUUGCCAGCCAGUGCGGUGUCGGCAACGCCGUCUCUUGCUGCAACACUGCCAGCGAAGGUUCAGCUCUCAGCCUUGUCCUUGGUGGCUCUUGCUCUCUCCAGAUCCCAGUCCUCGCCGCUGCUCUCGGAAACGGCUGCAACGCUGGAAACAGCUUCUGCUGCCCUACCACCCAAAACGGUGACAUCAACGUUGGUCUUCCUUGCAUCCCGAUCAACAUCUAAGCUUGAACUGGCGACAAAGACAAUUUACGGCCUACUGUAUCACCACGACAACUACUCUCUACGAUCACUGAUCUAUGAGCCAUUCGGCAGUAUGGCUGGGGCGCCAAAGAUGAUGAGCUUGAUGAACAGUAUCUGUGUACAUAUUGCUAGAUUAUUGUUCUCUGCGUGGCGUAAUAGAGAGACUUGCUUGUAUUCAUUUUCUUUUGUUUCGUGCGACUGAAAUUCUUACCAGAGC